AUGGUGAUUGAUUGCUUCUCGAGGCGUGUGGUUGCUGCACAGCCGGGCUGUGACUAUGUGGCCUUGAGCUACGUCUGGGGUCCGAACAAGAGUCGCGACCUGAAGAGUUUCCAGCUAGACCUCGACGGACGUCGUCUGCCACAGACCGUGCAGGACGCGAUGAACGUCGUCCGCGUGCUCGGAAUGCGGUCCCUCUGGGUUGACCGGUAUUGUAUUAACAGCACCGAGCGCGUCACGCAACACUAUAUGAUCAGCAAUAUGGACGCGAUCUAUGAGGCAGCUUACUUGACUAUUAUCGCCGCCUCCGGGAGCGACGACGAACAUGGCCUGCCAAGCGUGUCAUUUAAGGCACUAAAAAGGAGACAUGUCCCACCGUGGACCGGUCUCGUGUGUACGAGGAUCUCUCCACACUCUGAGCAGAUGGAGCAGUCGGCCUGGUCAACACGCGGCUGGACAUACCAGGAAGGCCUCCUGUCCCGGAGACGCCUGAUCUUUACAGAAGACUGUGCCAUACUCCACUACAGGGGAGAUGACCAAGUAAAUGCGAGUAGCGGUAUAUUCUUCCACAUCAACGAAUACUCCAAGCGCAGCCUGACGUACCCGUCCGACUCACUGAAUGCCUUCUUAGGGGUGUUAAGGGCCUACGAGAGAUUGCGGCCACCGGCGAUGCACAUCUGGGGCAUCCCAUUCCUCCUGGACUCUGACGGAAACAUAAGACAGCCAGGCUACGGCCUUCUUUGGAGGGCCGGCGUUGGAUAUUCCCUGCGCCGCAUCCGGGGGCUUCCUUCUUGGACCUGGGCUGGUUGGAACGGCUGGUCUUCCCAUGAUGCCGCUGCCAGGCCUCACCCUGAUGAUAGUGACGACGGCUUCAUACUAGGUUCAUUUCAGUCCGGACCCUUUCAGUGGCUCCUGGAAGAAGCACAAAUGCGCCCGACUCAGUCUUGGGGUCCCAGCGACAUAUCCUUAGAGAUCCUAGCCGGGGAGCACCUCACCAAUAUUUCCGAUCACUUCCGUGCGGGUCACAGACUACCAUUUGGCAUGAGCGAAUAUCCGGAGCCCAUCCUCUACCUGACCGCAUGGUCGGCGACCGUGACUGGCUAUGUUCUUCCGGAGUUCUCGGUAUAUCUCGAGGGUGGAGAUAUGGAUACCGCGGACGCCACGUUCGACCAGACCGUGGAGAGCUUCUGCAAGCCGGAAUCACAGGUCAAUGGGUGCUGGAGCUGUGAAUGGACUGCCGCGGUCAUCUGUUGGAACUUCUCAAAUGAGCAUGUCGGGAGCCUCCAAACACAGAGCCUCUUACUGGAGCGAGUGGGAGAGGAUACUUUCCGCAGGGUUUGGAUCCUGGAGACAGACUGGCAAAAGUCGGACAUGGACAGAGAUGGGCACAUGGCUGCCUUUGGCCGAACUUUUGCUCGGGCACUUUUGCGCAUUGUCUAG